AGUUGUUAUAGCAUUUUCGUUAUAAUUUUGCAAAUUUCUUAUCACUUUAUAUUUUUAUUGUUAUAAUUUUAUUAUUGUGAAAUUAAAUAUCUGGUUGCAAUUAUGAAACGAAAACGAGGCCAAACAAUACAUAGCGAAGCCCGAAAUAUAAUCCGCAAUGUAAUACGAAAAUGCGAUGAAGAAGCACGUAAAGGUCAGUUCCUUUAUCCACUUCAGCAAGCAAAUCUCCGUGCUUCAGAAUAUGUGGGAGUAUCUGUUAGAACUAUCAGCCGUAUCCGAAAGGAGGACUCAAUGAUUGGAGAAGAUGAAUCGCUACCAUCACCAGGAAAGAAACGUCCAAAAAGUGAUGAUAACAAAUUUCAUUGCUCGAUUGAGGACCAAACAAUUAUCAGAAACACUAUUUAUGAUUUUUAUACGAUAAUGAAAGUUAUGCCAACAGGCAAUAAAUUAUUAUCGGCCAUCCAAGAGAAGAUCGAUUUUCCAUGGGCAGUAACAAGUCUUUAUAGAUUACUUAAACGUAUGGGAUUUACAUGGAAAAAAACCCAUAGCAUUAGAAGGGUAUUAGUCGAAAAUCCAAAUAUUGUAGGAUUGAGAUCAAAAUAUCUAGAAGCAAUGGAAUAUCAUAGAAAUCAAAAUAAGAGUAUAGUUUACAUUGGCGAAACAUGUGUGGAUAAUAUCGCAUGUUUUCAUCAGUGCUGGGAAGGUCAGGACAAUUUAAAAACUACAAAAAUUACCAACCCACCACAUAGAUGCAAUAUUGUUCAUGCUGCAGGGAAGGAUGGUUUCAUAAAGGGAACAGAUUUAAUAUUCGAAUCUUGUUCAACAACUGAUGACUACCGCAGACAAAUGAUAGCAGCAAAUUUUGAAAAAUGGUUUACUGAAAAAUUGUUGCCUAAUAUCCCUCCAAAAUCUGUGAUAGUUAUGGGUGACAUUCCUUAUCAUUUAGAUCAACUGAAAAAACCACCUUCAAAAUAUUCUGCAAAGAAAGAAGUAAUCCAAUGGUUAACAGAAAAUAAUAUUCCACAUGGAUCUGACAUGAGAAAAUAUCAAUUGUUCGAACUCGUGGAAAGUAACAAAAAAUUAGAGAAAAGUUCUAAAGUGGAUGAAUUAUUAAAACUACAUGAGCACAUUAUAUUACGAAUACCACCACAUAUGCAUGACUUGAACCCUAUGGAUUUGGCUUGGUCUCAAAUAAGAUGUAAAAUACAAGAAAGUAAUACAUUCCUAUUAGCAAACAAUGAUUUAAAAGCAGAUGUGAUUGAGGCAAUUAAUGAAGUAAAACUGGCAGAUUGGCAAAGUUUCUGGACACACAUAGAACAAUUGGAGACAGAAUAUUUGCAAAAAGACAGAAUAAUAGAAGAAACUAUAGAUAAUUUAGGAAUCAUGAGUAGUGACUCAGAAAGUGAGUCUGAAAGGAGUACAUCGUCUGAGGAUGAGUAAGGGUAAUUCAAGAAAUCAAGGACUCUGGCUGGAAUGGACUAUUUAAUAUGUUUGCUACUAGUACCAUAUAUAUACAACACUUUCGUUUUUCCCAAAGAAGGUUUUAAAUAGUUGUUUCAUAUACUUUAAAACAGAUAAAAAUUAAAUGUCCAACUGAGAACUAGUAGAGAACAUGUUAAAUUUUGUAUGUAUGCAUGUGUGUGUUUAUAUCUUUAAAGAAUGUAUUAAAUAUUUAUUUUG